CACCGCCGACUGCAGGGAGAACGCCAAUAACAUGGUGCCUCGGCGACUCGUCUGUUUACGCCAAGAGAAGGGAACGGAGAGUUGCGGGAAAAACAUUUACAUGCGUUCGCUCGGUUUUAUAAUCCGCCCUGACCUCUUUUAGAGUGUUUUAUUUUAUUAUUUUUUUUCUUUUGAUUUCACAUUUUCGGUUAUGGGAUCGCUUGUGUACUGAUGUGUCACUUGUCCCAAUGGAAAGGGGGCUUCGCUUUGGCAACGUGGGCAUCUCCCUUGUGCUGCUGCUGCUGCUGCUGUUGAUGCUGAGAGCUGUGAGUGUGAGGACAGUGCAGUACAACUCUCUGUCCCGGACGGAGCCUGAGACAUCGGACACCGUGAUGGAGCGCGGGCUGGAGAGCAGCAUCGGGGACGCCACGGUAGAGGACGAUGAGAACAGCUCGCCCGGGGACACAGAGGAACCGAGCGGCGACAACGACACAAACUUCCAGCAACACGGAAGAAGCUUGGUGAUCAUCAGCACACUGGACGGACAGAUUGCGGCUCUGGAUCCUCUGAACCACGGGCGCAAGCAGUGGGACUUGGACGUUGGAUCCGGCUGCCUGCUGUCAUCCAGCCUCAGCAAGCCGGAGGUUUUUGGCAAUAAGAUGUUUAUCCCGUCUUUGGAUGGAGCUUUGUUUCAGUGGAACAGGGACAGGGAGAGCAUGGAGGCUGUACCUUUUAGUGUGGAGUCCCUGCUCGACUCGUCUUACCGCGUUGGAGAGGACACCGUGCUGGUUGGAGGAAAAUCGCUUACCACCUACGGCCUCGGAGUCUACAGUGGCAAGCUGAAGUAUAUCUGUUCGGCCGUGGGCUGCAGCCAUUGGGGAGAGGAGGAAGCCGAGCCAGAGGACAUGCUGUUACUGCAGAGAACACAGAAAACCGUCAGAGCUGUGACCCCUCGCAGCGGUUUUGAGAAGUGGAACUUCAGUGUGGGAAACUUCCAGCUGAAGUUUGUUCCGGAGACCGACACACAGCUCGGCUUUUUGGAAGGAGAAACGUCCAAUAAGGAGGCGUGGCACGAACUGCAACGUGACGGGCCACGUGUGAUCCUAGAAGAUGCAGAAGCACACAAUCAAAACCACGCUAAUGCACACAUACAGUCAGAAGGCCUUGACCUGGUAAUCAAAGUGUCUAUUCCAGACUGGAAGGUUAUGGCAUUUAACAGUGGACCAGGAGGACAGCUCAUCUGGGAGCAUCAGUUCUGCACGCCUAUCGCCUCGGCCUGGUUGGUCGGCGGGGGAAAGGUGACCCCUAUCAGCCUGUUUGAUGACACCUCUUACACCGUCCAGCCUGAGAGUGAAAUCCAGGAGGAGGACGAUGACAUCAUGGAGGAGGCACGUGGGGCUAUGGAGUCCAGCAUUUAUCUAGGAAUGUUUCAAGGUCAGCUGUAUUUACAGUCAUCGGUUCGAAUGACCGAGAAGUUUCCAUCGAAGCCCAAUGCUCUGUAUAACCAGCACUCGGGAAAUAACAUCAUUCCUCCUCCCACUGUCAAAUGGAAGCCUCUUAUCCACUCUCCUUCCCGCACUCCAGCACUCGUAGGACCUGAGGAGUUUGACAAGUGUUUGAAGAACGACAAGUUUUCUUAUGAGGAGUACAGCAAUGGUGCUUUGUCUAUACUGCAAUAUCCUCAUGAUAACGGGUACUAUUUCCCAUACGGUACGCGGAACCGCGGUCGGCGAGAGGUGACCGCAGUGAGCAUACUGCACAAGGGCGAGGCUGGAGGGAUAAGGAGGAAGGACCCCGUGCUCCUUCUGCCAUGGUGGAAAGAGAUCUUGGGCACCAUCAUCUUUUGCAUUGCCACUACUACGUACAUCGUUCGCAAGUUCUUCCACCCGCACACAGCGUACAUACGGCAGCGGAAGGAGUCUGAGACACAGUGUCAGACAGACACCAAGUUCGAACUGGACACGAGCGAACCCAGGGAAACUGCCACAGACACCCGGCCCAGUGAAUAUGUCUCCAGGUACCUGACAGACUUUGAACCAGUGCAGUGUUUAGGGCGAGGUGGCUUUGGAGUUGUGUUUGAGGCACGCAACCAAGUAGACGACUGUAAUUAUGCCAUUAAGAGGAUCCGCCUACCCAACAGGGAAGUGGCUCGGGAGAAGGUGAUGCGUGAGGUAAAGGCUCUAGCUAAAUUGGAGCACCCAGGUAUCAUCCGUUACUUCAACGCCUGGCAGGAGAGUCCACCUCAGGGCUGGCAGGAAGAAAUGGAUCGACGCUGGCUUAACGAUGCCAGUGUUACUGAUUGGCUGCUCAGCUCUCCUGACCACAUGGAGGCGUUCUCCGUGAAGGUGCCCGUCUCCACGCCGUCUCCUCUGGAUUUGCGGUGCGAGUGUGAGACUAAUGGGAGCGUCGUUGCGCCCGGUCAGGAUCACGUAUGCGUAGAUGGUUUGGGUCUGGACAGCAUGAUGUCGGAUCAGGACAGCCACGCCGAAGCUGAGCCCGAUCUGGAACUCUCCGGAUCGCCACAUUCUUUCGAGCUCUGUCCUCCUCGCACAGUGGCCCAUAACGACUGCACCUCUUCUUCCUUUGACAUUGUGUUUGAAGACUCUGGGUGUGAUCAGCACGACAAUGAUGCAGAGCUCAGCCACUCAACACCGGUUCAGACGCAAUGCCCCUCUCAGUCGGGUUCCAGAUCUCAACUGAAAAUUUGCUCAGGCCCAUUGUCUUGCUCUCCUCCUCGCCCGACGUCUCUGAAACUGCCACCACAAACUCCCAAUCCUGCUCCACGGCUCGCCCUGACCCCCAAAGUCUACCUGUACAUCCAGAUGCAGCUGUGCAGGAAGGAGAACCUGAAGGACUGGAUGGCACAGCGCUCUCAGCCCAAUCUCCGAGAGCAUUCGCAGUGCCUCGCCAUCUUUUUGCAGAUCGCUGAAGCUGUCGACUUCAUCCACAGCAAAGGAUUAAUGCACCGAGACCUGAAGCCCUCUAAUAUUUUCUUCACGCUGGAUGAUGUAGUGAAAGUGGGGGACUUUGGGCUGGUGACAGCUAUGGACCAGGAGGAAGAUGACGAUGAGGAAAUGAACACCCUCACUCCAAUGCCAACUUACGCCCGUCACACCGGCCAAGUUGGCACGAAACUGUACAUGAGCCCAGAACAGUUGUCAGGAAACUUGUACUCUCACAAGGUGGAUAUUUACUCUCUGGGUUUGAUCCUGUUUGAACUUCUCUGCCCGUUCCGCACACAAAUGGAAAGAGUCCAAACUCUCAUUGAGGUCCGGGCGCUGCAGUUUCCAAUGUCCUUCUGCAAAAACAAUGUUCUGGAGGCUCAGAUGGUGCGCUCUAUGCUCUCGCUUGUUCCUGCAGAACGGCCCGAAGCAUCCGAGAUCACAGAGACGCCUCUGUUUCAGGAGCUUGAGGUGCCGUGCAGAAUCAGGCAGCGCACUCGAACAUACAGCUCCUCAUCCACGGGACGACCGUCACGACAGAUAUCCAGCUCUUCUUAAAACACACACACACACACACACACACACACACACACACACACACGCACACACAGGUCCACCCACUGAGUUCUCUCUGGCCCUCCAUCAGAACCUCGGUUGAACACGAGCAGAUUUUUCUAAGAAGCGUCCUCACAAUUGAAGCACACACACUGUAAUCUCAGUCUCCAUCAACAGAUCAAACGGGAGGCACUUUAGCAUCUCGGUCAUUACAUCUCGAGCACAAACCUUUGCGCAGACGCCUGCUUACAAUGUCUCUGCCUCUCGCCUGCCCUCUUACACGUUCAUGAUGUUAAGGAAAAGUUAAAGAUAUUCACUCAGGAGAGAAGAUGCUAACUAAAUGGCUUGACUCCUUGCAGAUCAGCUCAGAUUCUGAAGCGCUAUGAUCAUCAUUUUUACCUCAGUUGCUCUUCCAUAUCGUGUGCACACCCUCACAGAUUUGUGGAAAUUGAAGGAUUUGCAGUGCUGAAUGAAGAGAAGCUGAUUAUUGAGCUGCUUUGGAAUGCUCAUCCAUUUUUGUUCUUUUUUUAAUAGGAAGGUGCACAGGACUGGCUUCCUAUGAACUAAAGCUACAUUAUUUGUAAGGCUUUAUUGCUAUUCUCAUUUCUAUUGUAAAUAGACCUAAACUCCAAAAAGAGUGAGAAUCUUGUUAACGGUGCAUGAUGAAAACCGAAGACGUUGUUUUGUCGGACACAGUAGCCUUCCACUGGCACUUGGGGACUGUGUAUUUUGCCUUAGCAACAAAAUAGUAGACAAAUUGCGCCAUCUUCUUAAUUGUGCUGAAGGCUUCUGCGAAUGCUGUAUGAUUGGUUGAUCGCUGACCCGUUGAAUGAUUGAGUAGAAUCAAAGAGAGGUUUUUAAAACUGUACGUGUUAUAAGAUAAUGUAUAAUACUUUUUCAUUAAUACCAAAACGGGUUAUGGACUUCCUUAAAAAUCCCUUAAGGACAGCCGAAUGGCCGUGACCAACAGGAAACUUCCUCCAUUAAAAAUCACUGUUUAUUAGACUUAUUUCCAUAAACUUUUCAAAAGGUUGGAAAUGAUCUUUUUUGGCACAUGGUGCCAUUUUCUCCGACUGUUCCUACAUACGUUAUCCCCUUACGUUUUUUCAUUGUGAUGGAAUCUCGAGAAAUAAGCUUAGAGUUUGAGAGCAUGGAGGUAGAAUGGCAAGUAGUCUCAUUUUGUUUGCUGACUGGAAAAGACACGAGAGAGAGAGAGAGAGAGAGAGAGAGAGUUUGGAGUGUGCCCAGCUCUGUAAAAGAUUAGACUAGAGCAGAAUGGAUAACGGUUAAUGACGUGUCAUUGUUAAUCACACUGGUACAGAACUUCAGGACAUGGCUCACCUUUCACCCUUGUUAUACAGCUUUUCAUUUUUCUUAUGAGCUCACCUACAGUGUUUAUUAUAUUCGGUUCCUUUUGUCAUCUGAAUCCUUUUUUUUUUUUGUUUUUUUGUAUGUCACCAUCCAACAAGGUUUUAUAUCGAUUAGGCUGUUCCCCAGUCUUGUGACUAGCUCAUGCUAAUAAUUGCAUUGACAAAGUUCAGACUUGAUUUUCUUUUUUUUCCCUCACUGUAAUUCGGUCGUUUUGGUACAUGUUCGGUUUCAGAUGCCGUUGCCUUUACCACCUUUUUUUUUUUCCCCCUGUAACCUUUCCUGUUCUGAUUCAAUGCUCCUGUCAGUUUUACUGACCGUCCUCUGUAACCUGUAAUCUUCGGGCACAAUCCUUUCUGUUUUUGUCUUUGUAAAUAUGUUCUUGUUUUUAUUUAUGUUCUUUGCAGAAUCAAUCCUUUUGGGUUGGUUAUGAUGUAUAAAUGCACUUCAUGCAGUGGAGUGUGUUGAAAUAUUGUGACUUCUUACAAGUCAAAAGAAUUGAAUAAAUAUUCUAUGAACUUUGGUACAAAAA